AAGAGCGCCUCCGAUUUCGAUUAGGAUUAGAUACUGCGGCACGAAAGGUAUUGUACAACCGCCAAAAAUAACCAACUAUAAAUUCAACAUGAAAGGGUGGUUUUUCAAUCUCAACAAUUCUUGUAGAUGAUACCCUUUUGCUUCUCUCUGUGCAUAGACAAAUACCCGUUUUUGUUUUUGUUUUUUUUCUGUAAUUUUUGUUUCUUCACAAAGUAAUCAUGUUAACCAAUCAAUACUUCCAAACAACUAACCUUCAGAGUGAGGAACUUGAAGUUGAAGAUCGAGAGUCUGUGGUAGUUGACAAUGAUGACGAUUUGGAUGCUGAUGCUGAGAACGGUGAGGCUCAUUCGGGGGAUAACAAUGAGAGUUUCGCAGAUUUUACUCGCAAUGGAAUGUUCAAGAUUGGAGAAGGAAGCCGUGAGCAUGACUUAAUCAAGAAGACUUUGCUUGAGGGUAUGGGAAGACAUGCAAAUUUCACGAGGAUUGUGGCUAUACACAAGAACUCCGUCUCUGGUUCAGCAGGAAAAGCUCGGUGGUUGGCUUUCAGGAUUUUUUCUCAGGCGGUGGCUGAAAGGCGGGGUGGAAAUUCUAAUCUGCGGUUUGCUUGGUAUGGUGCUUCGAGGGCGGAGAUUUGUCAAGUCAUAUCCCAUGGAUUUAGUCACUCUGGUGAAACCGCUAAUGCUCAAUCUCAUGGGAUUGGCAUCUCUCUGUCUCCUGCAAAAUUUUCCAUUGAUAGUGUGGAAUCUUCGGCUGCAGAUGAAAAUGGUCUAACGCAUAUAUUGUUGUGCCGUGUAAUACUGGGAAAGAUGGAAAUGAUUCCUGCUGGUUCCAGGCAAUUUCAACCAAGUUCAACAGAGUUCGAUUCUGGCGUUGACAAUAUUGUAGAGCCUAGAAGAUUCACUGUGUGGAAUGCUUUCAUGAAUUCUCACAUCUUCCCCAAUUACAUCAUCAGUAUUCAGGCUCCUUCCGUAGCUGAUAUGAAGACAAACCAAGUGAGGCCUCUAAGACCCACUUCACCAUGGAUGAGCUUUCCUGUUUUGUUGUCUAUAUUGUCAAAGUUUUUGGAUUCUUCUUAGAUGGCUUUGAUUUCCAAAUGCCAUGAUGACUUUAAAAAAAGUAAGAUUAACCGUCUGCAACUAAUCCGAAUGGUGAGGCUGAUAUGCGGAGACAGGCUGUUGGUUGACAUAAUUAAAUCUUGUAAGGAAAAGCUUGUGAUCAGAGCAUCUACCAGCAUUGGCAGCAAAAAUUUGACAUUCAUCUAAUCUGCAGCCAGCUUUUUGACAACAUCUAGAAUCUGAAGGCAGCAGCAACAGCAACUGAUACAAGAAGAAAAUGUAGUUGAUCUGACAUUGAUCAUUCUUUUAGAAUAUUUGACAAACAGUUGUUAUAGACGUAGUAGCAAUUAGGCUUUUUGUCAUAGUUACUGACCUUAAAACCUGGGGGAAACAACCUCAGUUUCCACCAGUUGUCAAUAUACAAUAUAGUUUCUUGGAUUUUAUUUCGUGUACCAAUAGACAAGAUUUGUCUGAUUGGGAUUUAAAAACUUC